AUGCAUCCGACAUUGAGCUUCCUUGACGUGCCACGGGGUGGUGCCGACAAAAGGUUUUCCAAAUCAAGCAUCUCAGCCAUUCUCGAGCGCGGCGGCUCCGUUGAUCUAUGCGAAUCAGAAAAGACUGGCUGGCACUGUGACGCUGGCGAUGAAGAUACCCGGUGGAAGAUGGCCUUCCGGAACCGCUACCAGAUCUCUUAUAAGCCUGAGGACCGUGACGAUGCCGACAGCAAUGCCGAGAAGUGCAAGACCGCCCCACUCGGGCUCAAUCCGCGAUUCGAUUUGGCCGCGAGCCGCUCGUCUGCAGCCGGGUUCGUAAGACCUGACCCCCCGCCAUCUCGAGCGCCUGAGCUCGUCGUUCGAGGAUCACGGGACGUACGUCUCUGGGAUGAGGCCAGUGCCCAGAUUCUAGAGGAUACUGGAGAUGAUGGCCCUGACUCUCGUACCCAGCGCCAACCUCCAUACUUGUCAGCGAAUCCACCGAGAGUUGGGCCGAGGAAGCAUCUCAUGAAAGUGCCGGCCGCAAAAGAGGCGACUUGCAUCUCUUUCCCUGCAGCAGAGAACGAAUCAACAGGUGCGCAGCUGGAGUUCGCUCAUUGGCGAGGACCCAAAGGUGCUCAGGAGCUGAGAAAUCAUGACAGCGAGAACGCCGCUGGAUUGGGCCGCGCUGAGGUUAAAGGUGUUUGA